AUGGAUUUCGAUCUAAACAGGGUUCAAUUUAGGGCGUCCAUAGUCAUCCCUGAAGUCGUAAUAAGCCCUACCGGUAUGGAGGAGAACUUUGUUAUGGGUAUGGCCCCAUGGAGUCGUUCCGCUGUGGGGAAGUUGACUCAAUUCCUCAAACUGGACCACCGUUUUAAAGCAUUGCCCACAACUGACCUUGCCUCCACCACAGGCCUUGCACAUGCACAUUUGACUGGCACUCGGUCACAGCAGCUUUCUAACACCUCGCCACCCUAA